AGCCUUGCAUUUGUGACCUAUAGUUCUUGAUAAGAAGUGAUGCCCGCUGCUCAAGCCACUAUCACGAUCAUCAGCGAUGAUCAUGAUCCAGACGGACCGUCAGAUAGACCACUACUUACUCGUCCCGAAUCCGCUUCAGCAGUGAAUGGCGCCGUGCAAAAGUCGCCCCGGACGUGCUUCGCAGGCUGGGCAGACCUACAGGUGGGAGACAAAGCGAGAAGGUCACAGCGGUGGUCUUUCCGCUACCUUUCGGUCGGCAACGGCAUCCUCGAGAUUCUUCGACCACGAAGGAAAAAAAGCAAAAACGCUGCAGUUCGCCAACGCCUCGUCUUGGAAGAGGUACUUACGUAUGCUUUUGGAAGGCUUUUCCGCUCACGUUGAGAAACGCACACGCAAUUCAGUCUUUGUAGUCAAUUAAUCACGUGUCUGCCCGCCUACUGAAGUCAGACUAGAUCUAGAUGAAAACUUUGCUAUUGAUUCCUUCUCCCCCACAACCCCAGCGCCUGCUCCUGGUGAACCUCCACAAGGCUCGCACCGUCCCCGGGAGCGAGGGAAAGCGUGAGGUCCGGUUGUCCUUUUAUCCCCGCGCAGCGUCGUCUUCGCGACGCACCGAAGUGUUCCUGCGGGUCGCGGAGCCGGAGUUUGAGUCUGCGUUUGUCAGCAAUGGGCUGUGGUUGGAAGCACUAUCGGCUGCCAAGAACGAAGUCAGGAACCGUGUCGACAGCAUCGAAUUUGACGAGGGUGCAACUUUAGUUCGUCCUCUGGAAUUACGCGCCUUCGCUCCGUCAGCUGCAGAUCCACUGCUGGGACGAGGAGAGAAUCUUUCGUCCACUAGCGAUAGCAACGCCGACUCUUGCAAAGCUUCUCGGUUGCCACAUGAAGAAGAUUCUUCCGGAAGCGCAGGUAGGAGUACAUCCAGCAAGAUGCCGACGCGGCGAGCAAAACGACCCCGAGCGUCGGUAUUGGCGUCGUGCUGCUUUGUUGGAGGAGGUUCUUCUUCUUUGGAGGUGCCAGCAGAAGCAGAAGAUCCGCCAGCGCGUCUCCGUUCGAAGGAGUCGUCGUCUUCCAGCUCGUCCGCGUUGACUUCUCGUAAUUCGGAUGCGACCCCAACGUCACGGUCUCGGUCUCCCACUUUUUUAUCAGAUGUUCGUUCUGGAGCAGGUCAAAUGAAGCUUUCAUCUUCCGCCCCCGAACAACAGGGUUCUUUUACCACGAAGCUGCAGCUGAAAGCUGGCCACAAAAUCAAGCUUCUCGACAUCGCCGCGCUGAACGUGAACAAUCGCCCAGCAAGCGCGAUGGCGACGUCGGAUUUGCAGUUGCAAAACCAAACCCACAGCGCUCUUGCUCGCAGCCCCGAUAGCAACGGCGCGUUGUUGUCCGACGGUUGCAUCGCUGUGUUGAGUGGCGAGUUCGGAGUCAUCGGGUUUGUGACGCGCACCGCCCUUCUGGAAUCUGUCUCAGACGCAAGCGUCGUCUAUCACAGCGCCAUGCUUCUGCUACCCGCGAGUGGUAGUCGUCGAAGUAAAGCAGUAGUGCAGGACCCUCAUGAUGUUGCUGCAGUUGAAAAAUCUACCGUGUCGACGCAGAAUGUCAACGCUGCUGCAGAUUGUUCGUCAUCCGCCUACAAAGACGAGCUAGAAGAAGCAACCUGCAUCAACAACUCAUCUCGCGCGGGACCGAAACGUUAUGUGCAGGCUCCAGCAGUAGACAGGUUCAUCUCGCUAGCGGACCAAUCGGACGAUCUCCUACCCGUGAUCGCGGAAGAUGCCGAGCCUGAGGCGCUGAAUCAUAGCCAGAAAAAACCGGCAUCAGUGCUUGACACUUACGGACCGGAGCCGGUCUUAUCUGAAAAGGACGAAAAGCAUGAUCGCUACGCGGACGACGAAGAAGCGGGAGCGGGAGAAGACGUCUCGACGGCUUCGCGUGAGGAAAACCACUCCAACAGUCACUCCGUCUCGGCUCCGUCCUGUUUCGAAGACCCGCUUCUUGCGUCGCCCGGUCUCGAGUCUGCAAGUUCGAGUUCUAGUACCUGCUUUCUCGCCGACGGGGUCGUGCAGCACUUUAGUACACUCGCGCAACCGCCCUUUGCCGAUGCCGUGCGGCUCUGCAGCUUCAGAAACACAUCCUCGGAAACGAUAACGCCACCGAAGCAGGCCGAGCAUGUUGCUGGAAAAAGUACUUCUAAACUUCCGAUUGUACUACUUUCCUCGUCCUCUACCAGCUCCUGUGUGAGCACAGUUCGAGUCGCAGGACCUCGAGGAUGUGCCACAAAAGCAGAAUCACCACCGCCAGUGUUUGGUUCCGCAAUGAGACAGCACGGAGCCCUUUUUUCGCCUCAACAUAGCACGACCCUAGCAGUCACACCAGUUUCAACAAAAACGACAACGAAAAAUCUUCACGAAGGGCCUGGUAACCAGCAGGAUUCGACGCCCAAUGAAGUGUCGGCAGAACAUCAGACUCCGGUUAUCUGGCCCACUCCAUCUGAAGUAGCAAUCGACGACUUUUCCGGUUCCUCCUGGCCCAGUCUGACACCUCCCUCGAAACUAAGCGAAAAACCGAGACUGGUGCCAUGUACGAAUGCCGAUCUGCUGAACAGCUCAGGUUGCAGUGACGUUACGUGGCCGCAAGUCACACCCGCAGAACUUUUCGGAGAGUGGCCGACAGAAGAUCCAAGCGCGAGACCUGAAGAACAGGGUACUACAGACGACAUCAGGAAGACACCACACCGAGCGAGACCUUCUUGUGCGCGCACCAGCAGCGACAGCGCAGACAACAUUUCGUGGCCGUCGGUUUCAGCACCCAACACCCCCGCGCAGCCACGUCUGUUGUGUACUAGGGGCACAUCACCGGACCUCGAUUUCAUCCGGCUUGCGCUCGUCUCGCCAAAUCCAUUUUCGUGAAUUUUGUGACACCGGGUAGAUACAGUUAGUUCCAGUGACUACGGGUAAUUCUAGUUCUUCUGUUGGUGGUCGCCAUAGCCCAGCCAUGAUCAUCCAUGAAUAAAGUAGCAAUGGCGUUUCUAGUUACUUACUUCUGUGUGUGGUUCUUGGCUCGCUGUUUCGAUCAAAAAAAUGAACCUGUUUCCCAGGCACCGAACUCGGCCAAUCUUGUUUCUGUAUCAAACGCACGCACGUUGUACCAUCUUGGAAUUCACUUUUUGCACAUACAAGCAUGGAUCAUCACAAGCUGUGUGCUUGCCAACACUUUUCACCAACUUCGGACGAUCAAUGUGUCAAAUUUAUGUCCAGCUAAUUCCAAGCAAUGGCUGAAC